UCACGACUCCAGAAUUGUGCCCCACACCUUGUUGUUGUGCGGCUGAUAUCCACAGCUGUUUCAAGUCACGGCCAAGAUGGCGAGUUUCUUACUGCUCGUCGUCUUCCUUCUGUUCGGGAGCUUCUCUGCCCGCGCCCAGGCCGGGUACAGCCCGCCCGGGGCCCGUACGGCGACCGGCCGCUUGAAAACUAAAGUGGAUCGUCUGUCGUCUCUGGUGGAAACCUUACUGAGUCAACAGUCCGAUCUCACGGCCCGGGUGGACAGUCUUUCUGCCCAACUGUCGGAGGAGAGGGACAAGAACAGGGAACUGGCCCUAAACUUGACCCAAGCACUCCACAAGUUGGACAGCAUGACGUCUACCUUGUACGAGCAUGACACGGUCAUCAAACAACGUCUGCAGUGUGCGUGUGAGAAGCUGAUACCGGUAACUGAGGAGACGUCUCCCACAGAGUCUACAGGUCCCGUUAUCGAGGGAGACUGUGCGGAGUAUUACUCCUCAGGACGGACAACAAGUGGAGUCUACAGAAUCGGUCUCCUGCCCGGUCAUGUGGAUGCCUACUGUGACAUGGACACCGCAGGGGGAAGUUGGACCUUGAUCCAGCGACGGCAGGACGGGUCGGUUCCCUUCAACCGGACCUGGGAAGAGUACAAGCACGGGUUUGGGAACAAGAGCGGGGAAUACUGGCUUGGGAACGAGAACAUCCACCUCCUGACCAAUCAGAGGAACUAUACCCUUAGGGUAGAACUCGAGGACUGGGACGGGUGGAUAUUGUACGCUGAAUACACCAGCUUCUGGUUGUCCGGAGAGUCGGACCAGUACCGGAUUCACAUGUCCGGGUAUUGGGGCACAGACAGGAAUGCCAUGAAACUAAACAAUGAGCAGAUGUUCUCCACUGUGGACAGGGACAACGAUGAAGACAGAGAAUACGACUGUUCUCAGGAGCGCGGACAGGGCGGCUGGUGGUUUGCGAGCUGCGGCUACACCUACCUCAACGGCCGCUACCUGGGCAACUGUGGGGACUCCUGUCCGUGGCUGCAAGGUAUAAUUUGGGGAAGCUGGAAGGGCUACUUCUACUCCCUGAAGUCUGGAUCUAUGAAGAUCAGGCCAACUGAGGAGGUCUCAACAACGAAACCUCGACCCAGUGUUCCCCCUGCUGACACAGAGACCGACGAUCCAACAAUCGAGGGAGACUGUGCGGAGUAUUACUCCUCAGGACGGACAACAAGUGGAGUCUACAGAAUCAGCCUCCUGCCCGGUCAUGUGGAGGCCUACUGUGACAUGGACACCGCAGAAGGCGGCUGGACUGUGAUCCAGCGACGAGUGGACGGGUCGGUUCCCUUCAACCGGACCUGGGAGGAGUACAAGCGCGGGUUUGGGAACAAGAGCGGGGAAUACUGGCUUGGGAACGAGAACAUCCACCUCCUGACCAAUCAGAAGAACUAUCGCCUCAGAAUCGACAUGCAGGAUUGGGAUAACCAAACGCGGUACGCGGAGUAUUCCACCUUCAGGGUGUUGGGUGAGUACGGGGACCAGUACCGGCUGCACGUCUCCGGUUACAACGGCACCGCGGGAGACUGCAUGACUCGCUACUUUUCCAACGACGGGAUGAGGUUCUCCACGGUGGACAGGGACAACGAUCUGAACAGCGGCCACUGUUGCCAGCGCCGCGGGCAGGGUGGUUGGUGGUUCGGAAACUGCGGCAACUCCUUCCUCAACGGCCGCUACCUGGUCAGCUGUGGGAGGUCCUGUGAGGUCUGGCAAGGUGUGAUCUGGCACAGCUUUACAGGCUCCCGGGAGUCCCUGAAGUCUGUGUCGAUGAAGAUCAGACCAUAUUAACCGUGUAACAUUGGGGGUAACAUAGGCAUUAACCAACUGAUCAGGCCGAUGGGUCUAGAACUUUUAGCCGGACGGUUAGAGCGUCAGUGUGUGCUGCACCCAGAGACCUUAGCAAACUCGUCUAUCUACACAGUUGCAGUGUGUCAAAGUGACGCUAACAUUCAUAUAUGAAUAUAUAUGUAUAUACAAAACAAAUUCACCACAUCAAGCAAAAGCUGAUCAUAAUCUGUAUCUGUAUCAGCUUAGCCUAACUGACACCAGCUUCUGUGUCUGUAUCUGUAUAGCCGAUAUAACCGCCCUUCGGCAUAACA